GCUUCUCCCCAUCCACCAUGCUCCGCCGCACCCUCCCCCGCUCAGCCCUCCCUCGCCCCAGGCUCCCCGCGGCCAGGGCAUUCACAAAACCCUCCGCCCCCGCUGCCGCCUCCACCCAGCUCGCCAGCUCCUCCAGGUCUGAUAGCAACGUCCUCUUUGAGUUUGACGCCCAUAAGGUCGGCAAUGAGAUCCGGAAGAGGGGUCUCGCCAACGCCCAGCGAGAAGGUGGUAUGGACCGUGACACUAUCAUCCGAUUGCUCUACUCUCUUGGUUCCAGGCAUGAAGUUGAGCGAUACCUCCGCAUCUUCACCCAAUCCAACUCUUCCGCCGGCGGCGUCUUGCCUGAAGCUAAAUUUGCUGUCCUCAAGAUCGGCGGCGCUAUCCUCACCAACGAGAUUGACGACCUUGCCCUCUCUCUCUCUUUCUUGAACAGGCUCGGUCUGUUCCCUGUCGUACUCCACGGUGCUGGACCCCAACUGAACGAGAUUCUCGAGGCUGAGGGUGUCAUCCCCGACUAUGAGGACGGUAUCCGAAUCACUGACGCCAAGACGCUUGCCGUGGCUCGCCGCGUCUUCCUCCAGGAAAACCUCAAGCUCACUACUGCCCUUGAGCGACUCGGUACCCGCGCCCGACCCAUUCCCACUGGCGUCUUUACCGCCGACUACCUCGACAAGGCCAAAUACGGUCUCGUCGGCAAGAUCACCAGGGUCGACAAGGCCCCCAUCGAGGCUGCUAUCAAGGCUGGAUGCUUGCCCAUCUUGACCAGUUUGGCCGAGAACGCCGAGGGUCAAAUCCUCAAUGUCAACGCUGAUGUGGCUGCUGGUGAACUUGCCCGUGUUCUCGAGCCCAUGAAGAUCGUCUACCUCAACGAGAAGGGGGGUAUCUUCCACGGUGUCACCGGCAAGAAAAUAUCUACCAUCAACCUCGACGAGGAAUACGACGGUCUCAUGAAGGAGUCUUGGGUCAAGUUUGGCACCAAGCUCAAGAUCCGAGAGAUCAAGGAGCUCCUCGACACCCUUCCACGAACUUCAUCCGUUGCCAUCAUCUCCACCGACAUGCUUCAAAAGGAGCUCUUUACCGAUGCUGGUGCGGGUACCCUCAUUAGGCGAGGCUACAAGCUGUACAAGCAGCCUUCUGUGGAGGCUGUCGGUAGCAGCCAGCUCCGCCAGGUCUUUACUGAACGUGACCCCGAGGUCCAAAGCGGCCGAAAGUCUGUUGCCGAAAUCUUCUCCAACCUCAAGGAGACUCCUCACACCAUUUACGGUGACGAGCCCUUUGACGUCGUUGCCGUUGUUUCUCAUCCCGAGGGCGAGACCCCCGUCAUGACCAAGUUCCUUCCUUCCCGAAACGGCAUCCUCAACAAGAUUGUGGACAAUGUCUUUGAUGCCGUCAAGAAGGACCACAAGCGCCUCUUCUGGACCGCCAAGGCCGAUGACGAGAACCGCGCCUGGCACUUUGAGCGAGCUGACGGCUCCUUCACCCGGGCUGGCAGGAGUUUGUUCUGGUACGGCGUCAGCGACGUCAAGGAGGUCGAGAGAAUCAUCCAGGGUUUUGAGGAGAACGGCAGGAUUGAGCGAGUCUUCCUCCCUGUCGGUCCCAGUGUCCCUCCCCACCGUCGAGCUGCUGGCGCCCCCGCUGGUACUCGAGCCUUCUCCACCUCUGCUCGUCCCUCUAUGACUUCCAACUCUGCCGCCGCCCAGAGCGCUCGAGGCUACGCCACCGUUUCCGAGGUUGCUCCCCGAAAGCGAGUUGCCCUUAUCGGUGCUCGAGGUUACACUGGCCAGAACCUCGUGUCCUUGAUCGACAGCCACCCUCACCUUGACCUCACCCACGUCUCUUCUCGAGAACUUGCUGGUCUUCCCUUGAAGGACUACUCCAAGUCCCCUGUCAAGUACUCCAACCUCUCUGUGGAGGAUGUUGGCAAGAUGGCCGAAAACAACGAGGUUGAUGCUUGGGUCAUGGCUCUGCCCAACGGUGUUUGCAAGCCCUUUGUGGAUGCCGUCGACAAGGCGGUGGCUAAGGGUGGCAAGAGCGUCAUUGUCGACUUGAGCGCCGACUACAGAUUUGAAGACAGCUGGACAUACGGAUUGCCUGGUGAGAAGGCCCUUUCUUUAUAGGGUCAAGGAGAGGAGGAACAUUUGUCGACUUGUCUAUACACAGAUACGACCUAGUUUACCCUACUCCUUAGACCCUAAGUAUCAACUAGAACCAAGAAUGCAAAGCUAAGACAUUGAAUGUUUAUAGAACUCUACGGUCGAGAACAGAUCCGGGGAGCCACCAGGGUUUCCAACCCCGGUUGUUACGCCACCAACACACAGCUCCUUCUCGCCCCUUUGAUGCCCCAUCUUGACCCCAUCCAGAGGCCCUCAGUCUUUGGUAUCUCUGGUUUCUCUGGAGCCGGUACCAAAAGCGGCGAAAAGGACGCCGAGGGUAGGCCCAAGACUGUCCCCAAAAUCUCUGCCGAGGACCUCAAAGGUGCUAUCCGACCCUACGCCCUCACCGACCACAUUCACGAGCGUGAAGCUUCCCGCCACCUCUCCUCCAUCAUCCCUUCUUCGUCUUCCAUCACUCCUUCCGACUUUUCCCUCGGCUUCAUCCCCAAUGUCGCCCCCUGGUUCUCCGGUAUCAUCUCUGUCCUCACCGCCCCUCUCGCAAAGUCUAUGCGAGCUUCCGACAUUUCCCAGCUCUACGAGGAAAUGUACAAGGGAGAGCAGUUGAUCCAGGUUGCCAAGGGUGUUCCUGAUGUGAAUGAUGCUAUGGGCAAGCAUGGAUGGAGGGUAGGUGGUGUCCAGGUGCACAGCAGUGGCAAGAGGGUCGUUGUGGUUGGAGCUUUGGACAACUUGCUCAAGGGUGCCGCCACUCAGGCCAUGCAGAACUUGAAUCUUGCCCUCGGGUAUGAUGAGCUUGCUGGUAUUCCCAAAGACAAGCUCUAAGAUUGAGUACGAUUCAUCUGUUUGGGACAACAGGGACCAUCACAGCCACAGGUGUGCGGUGACCGUAAAGUAGAGCACGAUGCGUAGUUGCAAUGCAUUCGGCAG